CGCGCGUUUCCUUUGCCCGCGGGGAGGCAGGAAGGGAGCGGCCGGAGGGAUGGAGCGGGUCCCGGCAGGGAUGCCGUAGCUCCCGGGAUAUCCCGACCCGCCGGGACGCGGUGAAGCUGCCAUUCCCAAACCUCUCUGCAAUGGCCUCAGGGAAUGAGGGGGACCCUCCGCAGGCACAGGGACGCCGGGGGAGCCACAGGCGCAGGCUCAGCUCAGAAGGCCGCGUGGCCGAGGAGGCCGAGGAGGUGUUCCGCAGCUACGCCUUCUACCGCUACCAGCAGGAGCGCCAGGAGCGCGGCGCGGAGCUGCCGCCCGACCCCGAGAUCGAGCAAAUCCAGCAGGACCUGGAGAGCACCGGCAGCCAGGUGGGGCAGCGCCUGGCCAUCAUCGGGGACGACAUCUACAGGCGCUACGACGCCGAGUUCCGCACCAUGCUGGAGAGCCUGCAGCCCACCCGCGACAACGCCUACGAGCACUUCACCAAAAUUGCCUCCAGCCUGUUCGAGAGUGGCAUCAACUGGGGCCGGGUGAUCGCCCUGCUGGCCUUUGGCUACCGCAUGGCCAUGCACGUGUGGCAGCGCGGCGUCAGCGGCUUCCUGCGCCGCAUCGCGCGCUACGUCGGCGACUUCAUGCUGCAGAACCGCAUCGCGCGCUGGAUCGCCCAGCAGGGAGGAUGGGAGGCCGUGCAGAACCUGGACAAUGUUUACGUGAAGUACGUGCUGGUGGCAGCCGUGGUGGUGGUGGUGCACCUGGUGCUGCGGCGCUUCCUCACCCCCUGACGGGGCACGGGGCACGGGGCCGGGGGGCUCCGAGCACCCCCUCCUCUGCUCCACACCCCCGGCACAGGGGGGACCCCAGGAACCUCCAGGAGACAGCAUGGCUUGGGGCUGGGACCCUCCUGCUGCAGGGCCUGGGGUCUCUGCACCCCCAGGACAGGACUGGGGAGAGGGGGGGCUCUGUUUGUUUUGUUUGGUGCCUCAAAAAGCUGCUG